CUCUCGCUCCUUCGGCUCGGUAUGUGUGAUGCUUGUGGCUGCUUGUCGUUGAGUGGCCAUAAAGAUGGUGAUAUCCCCGCCGCUUGUUGUGGCUGACCACCUGGUUGUGCCUUUGCUCGAUCAUGAAGGGCUUCACGAAGGCGUUGGUCCUGGCUGUGGCAGCCACCGUGGCAGCUGUGCCUGUUGUUGAGGAACGUCAGUCGAAUGAAUAUGACUACAUUGUCGUUGGCUCUGGAGCUGGAGGUGGUCCAUUAGCCUCGAGGCUCGCUCGUGCUGGGCAGUCUGUUCUUCUGAUUGAGUCGGGAGAUGAUCAGGGCGCAAACUACAACUACUCUGUACCUGGCUAUCAAGCUGCCGUGACGCAGGAUCCUAAGAUUGCAUGGGAUAUCUACGUGAACCACUACCAAGACCAGACCAGAGCUCGCCGAGAUUCCAAAUAUGUGGAGGGCAAGGGCAUUCUCUAUCCACGAGCUGGCACUCUCGGUGGUUGUGUAUCACACAAUGCACUCAUCUGGAUCACGCCGCAUGCUUCGGAUUGGGAUAACAUUGCCUCCAUUACUGGUGACUCGUCCUGGUCAAGCGCCAAUAUGAACAAAUACUUGGCAAAAGUGUACGAAUGGCAACCGACCGGACCAACAGACCCAGCCAUUCUGGCCAGAGAUACUAUGCUUGUUCAGCAUCUGGCUGGAGGUGCUGCCGUCAUGGGUGUUGGACCAGAUCCAAUUGCUGGUGCAACUGGUUUCCUCACUGCUCUCCUAGAUCCAAACAACACUCCUGGCCGCGAUUCACUCGAGGGCUUCUUCCAAAUUCCGCUCAUCCAACGAGGAGGUGCCAGAGUCAGCGUUCGCGAGCGUAUUGUCAACACAGUACAACAAGGGUUUCCUCUAACUGUCCGUACCGACACUCACGUAACGAAGAUCGUGUUCGAUCGAAGCGGUGCGCGACCAAGAGCUACAGGAGUAGAGUAUCUUUCCGGCAAGCAUCUCUACCGCGCGAGCCCUCUGAGUGGUGCUUCUGGCACUCCUGGUUCCGCUCGUGCAAGAAAGGAAGUCAUCAUGGCCGGAGGCUCCUACAAUUCCAUCCAAACACUCAAGCUCUCGGGUAUUGGUCCUGCUGCCGAACUACAGCGAUUCGGUAUUCCUGUUGUAAAGGACGUCCCAGGCCUUGGAAAGAACAUGCAGGAUCGAUACGAAAUUCCUGUGAAUGCCAGACAUCCCAACGACUUCCCUCUGCUAGAUGGCUGUACCUUCGAUGCAAAGCCGCAAGAUCGCUGCUAUCGCCAAUGGCAGCAGAAUCCAAGUCUUCUGGGUCUUCGUGGUGCUUAUGCCAGCAAUGGCUUGGCAGCUGCUAUGGCUGUCAACUCGGACACGGCAGAUGAUAGCAACAUUGAUCUCUUCAUUUUCGGAGGUCCUGUAAACUUCACUGGGUACUUCCCUCGAUGGGGCGACGCUGCUGUCGCAAACCACAACGCCUUCUCAUGGUACACGCUCAAGGCGCACACCAGAAACAAGGCCGGUACCGUGGAGCUUCGCUCUACCGAUCCUCUCGACACUCCUCUCAUCAACUUCAACUACUUCGACACAGGCACUACCGAGAAUGGCGCAGAUGUCAAAGAUGUCGCGGCCAUGGUUCAAGCGAUCAAGAUGUCUCGUGAGGCAUUAGAUCGCUACGAAAACUACGCCUUCUUUGGGGGCACGCCUAACACAGAAGAUCGCCCUGGACCUGCAGUAACUUCUGAUGAAGCUCUUGCUCAGUACGUCAAGGACGAGGCUUGGGGUCACCAUGCUUGUUGCACGGCACCUAUCGGGGCUCAGAAUGACAAUCAGGCUGUCCUCGACUCGAAGUUCCGAGUCAAUGGUAUUGAUGGAUUGAGAGUUGUCGAUGCAAGUGUGUUCCCUCGUAUUCCGGGAAUCUUUAUUCAGGCUCCGAUCAUGAUGGUCAGUGAGAAGGCGGCGGAUGUCAUUCUCAAUGGGUAGAGUGGUGAUUCCUGUGAGAACGGUCAAUCGAGGCUCACAAGGCGUAUAUCUACCAUUACACUGUAUAAGCA